AUGGCAAUAACUCAGCAUGGAAGCAAAUACUUGCAGAAGAUACUUCAAGAUGGAACGUCUCUAGAGGCUAUGGUGGUCAUUUUCAACGAGGUGAUUCAUCAUCUUGUUAAGCUUAUGAGAAAUCCUUUUGGGAAUUACUUGGUGCAGAAGCUACUAGAUGUUUGCAAUGAAGAACAGAGAACAAAUAUCAUACGCAUUGUUACUUCACCACGAACACUGUUUGUCCAGAUAUCCCUUGAGGCUUACGGUACUCGAGUUGUCCAGAGAUUAGUGGAAUCAAUCAAAACGACGGAGCAGAUUCUUCUAGUGACAUCAGCUUUGAGAGUUGGAUUUCUCAGCCUGGCUACGGAUUUCAUAUAUGAAGAAGCUACUAGGUUCUGCAUAGAUAUCGCAACGCAUAAUUAUGGAUGCCCUAUGCUACGAACAUGCGUUGCUUAUUCCACUGGACAACAACGAGAGACAAUAACCGAAGAACUACGCAGUGCAAUUCAUUAUAGAAAUGAGAGAUUUUCAAGCGAGUUAAAAGGGCACUAUGAGGAGCUCUCAACGCAGAAAUUCAGUAGCCAUGUGGUGCAAAGAUGCUUAACACACUAUCCAGAGAGUCGUCCUCAGAUAGUGAAUGAACUCAUCUCUGUCCCUCGUUUUGAUCUUCUAGUUCAAGACCCUUACGCAAAAUUUGUCAUCCAAGCGGCUCUUUCUGUCACCGAGGGUUCACUUCAUGACAUGCUCGUUACGGUUCACUCGAAUCUACGUAAAAGUCCUUAA